AGAGAAUAAACAUGUCGAUGUUUUCCUCAGAAACAAGUACAAUGCUCAACAGCACUGGUCUUAUAUGUUCAGAGGACAGCUGACACAAACUGAUGCCCCAAAUCUGUAUUGCAAGUGAUCAGUAUGUGGAGAACAACAUGUAGGAAAAAUGACUGAUAAGACAGUGAUUAAGAAUUCUGAUCUUUUAACCAAGUGUGAACCUGAAAGAAAGAAAUCCACUGAAAAUUUGCAGAAUGAAUUACACAAUGGUGAAGAGCUACAGUAUAAAGAGUUACUCGCUCAGUCUAGACUUUCUGCCACAAAUGUGACAGAACUUCCACUUGCUGAUAUAAAAAAUGUGGAAAAAGAAAUCGCUGAUGUCAGUACUAGUGAGAAUCUUUUAUUUUUUAAGCAGCAGUAUGAUCAAACAGCACAUAAACCCAGAGAAAUUACAGAAAUAGAGAAUCCAUUGACUAGACAUCACAGAAACUACAAAGUAAGCAAGAGACCCCCCACUGAGAGACCCCCCACUGGAUUUAAGAAUGGAAACAGUGGUUUCUUUGGAAGGGAGACAUCAUCAUUGAGAGACAGAAUAAGCAAAGUUGAUUCUAAGUUAGAACUGCAUGUAUCAAAUUCUUCAGAGAUGUCUGAUAAAGUGGGGAGAAGUAUUCCGAAAGACACAAAUGCUGAAAAGCAACAUAUGCAUCCAUACACAGUAAGACCAACUGUGUUCACUAUUUCAGAUCAAUCUGAAAUGGUGCCUGAGGGGAAAUCACCAGUAGAUUCAGCGAUUGAUUUGGAUGUGAGUGCAGAAAGUACUUCCUUUAAUGACUAUGGGGAUGUAUACAUGGAAGAUUUGAUGGACGGACCUUUCGAUGAUAAUGCAUUCCUUGAUAACGAAGUCAAUAUCCCGGACGUGCAUUUAGCUCUAGAGCUGGAUUAUCUGACGGAAUUUAACGAGGAUGAAUAUUGGCCAGACGAGGACUGGCUAUAUGUACGAGAUCUUGAUUUACAAUUGAAUCACAUGGAGUCAGAGAGAGAUGAAAGAUUGCGAUCUUCACCAUAUCCAAGAGGAAGUCUAUUACCUACAACAGAAUGUGAAGUUUGUUUUGACAAAACAAAUGUCAGAAAGCGGUUAUGUUGUGAUAUUCCUAUCUGUGAGACAUGCAUGGAGAAUUAUGUGGAAGAAAAAGUGAAAAACGGUGCUGUCAGUAUUCAGUGUAUUGGGCAAUGUGAGUCACUGGUCCAUCGCAAUGAAAUCCUGUCCCUAUUAUCUGUAGAGAUGAAGGAAAAAUAUUACAAAUUUCUUGUAGAUGCUAAUCAGGAUCCGAUGGUGAAAACCUGUCCUCAAUGCUCCACAAUUUACAAUAUGACAAAAGAAGAGCAAAGGGCUGCAAAAAAGAGGGCUAAAAGUCUUCGCACAAAUGUGACCUGCCUUAAAUGUGAUCUUGUGUGGUGUUUCCCUUGCCACGCUCCUGAACAUCAGGGUAUCACUUGUAAAGAGUACUUAAAAGGGGACAAACUUCUAAAAUCAUGGGCAAAGAUAAAAACAAGAGGACAGGAUCUGAAUGCUCAAAAAUGUCCACGAUGUAAGGUGUUUAUCCAGCGUAAUGGAGGCUGUGAUCACAUGACUUGUAAACAGUGUGGAACGAGCUUCUGCUACAGGUGUGGAGAGCGAUACAUUAUAACUAAUGAUGUGACCAGGUUGAUUGGGAACCAUCACAGCAAGUUCAGCCCUUUAGGAUGCAAAUAUAAUUUGAUGCCUAAUAGGCCAUGUGCCAGGAAGCUAAUUCGUGGCUCUGUCCUUGGUGCUAAAGUAUUGGGUGGCAUCCUUUUGGGUGGCUUACUUGUAGCUGCUGGAGUCAUUCUUGUGGGAACCAGUUUCAUAGUGUUUCCUGCUUAUAAGGGCUUCCAAUAUCACAAACAGAGGAAGUAUCGCAAGCGGAUCAGGAAUUUCAGGAAUAUUAGACUCCAGACACCAGAGCUACCUCAACUGAUGUUCACCAACACUCAGACAGAGGGUGCCGGGAGUGCAGACAGCUCAAUUUUUGGCACUAUUUUUGAUGAAUCGGACAACAUUGAUACAUAUGAUGAAUUGCAAGAGAGGGCAGCAGAAUAUGACCCAUCACAUGAAGUAGAAGUAUGGGUACAUUGCCACCACCAGAAUAUUCAAACAGAUCUCCGACAAGAAAUGCUUGAGAAUGAAGAUCACCUUGAAAACAGGAGCAAUAUCACACAAACAACUGCUAAACUUUCAAAAGAUCAAGAUCAGGGUGACACCCUCUACGUGAAAACAGCGUAUGUCAAUGCUGACCAUAGCAAAUCUACAUACAAAAAAGAGAUUCCUGAAACACAUGAUGUUAGUGAAAAUCAGAAAGCAGAAGAGUCACUCAUGAACACACAAAUAAAAAAUGAUUCAAGAAACGGACUUAGUGACAUUAAGGGUGAAGCAUCAGAUGGUAGUGCCAUCAAAAAGCAGCAAAAUCAGAGCCUGGAAAAGGGGGAAGAUUUGGGUGAUGACAACUCCACAACUCAAGGAUGCUUUGUUAGAAUUUUUGGCAAGAAAUUACCUUUGGUGUGGGAGAAAGAUUAUAAUGAUGAAAUGAUGAAAACUCUUGACAGCAAACAAAAAGACCAUCCAGACGCACUGGAAAAUGGGCAAUUACAAGACCAUUCAUCCAUAAUGUCAGACACAAAAAUUCUGCCGCCUUCUGUACCAGUGGAUGAUGGAGGUUCCUUAGACAGAAAGAAACAUGUCUCCAGUGUCAAAGUGAUGAGACAAGAUAUUGUGAACCGUGUUCUGCAGUCCACACAACCCAGUCAGUUGACAGUGAGGGGAUCAUGUGAUAAUAGAGUCUUUGACGGUAAUUUAGAUGAAGGGGAAGUAAGUCAGAUAGUUGAUCCAUACUUUGGAGUUGUCUCCCCUGACAAUUAUGAAACCACAUUAUGAGUUCUUUGAAGAGAUUACAACUGCAAAUAGAUGAAAUACAAUGAAAAUAGUAUUAUGUAUCAAAAAAUAGAAUAUAUAUAAUGUUAUAUGCUAAUGAGAUUAUUUUAAUGCAGUUUUGUUUGAAAUCCCUUAUUUAUUCAAAUAUAGCAACAUAUAUUAAUGUGUACAAAAUCAAAUGUCUGUUAGGCUUGUAUAAAUUGAUACCGAACACAGCAUGAAAUUAAAUACUCAUGAACACUAGCCUAAACUGUGACAGCUGUGAAACAUUUUCCUGCAAAAUUUUAUAACUAUACAGUGAUAUUUUGUGUAUAUCAGAACAUUUAUGCAUCGUCAAUUUCUUUAAAAUGUUUCAGAAUUAAAGUGUGAGGAUUUGCAUAUGAUAAGCAGAUAAAUAUUUGUAUAGACUGGACUGUAUGUAAGGACUUUUCUGUAUGUGUGGAUUUUUUACAGUAUGUGUUGACUUAACUGUUUAAGUGGAUUUUACUCUAUUUAAAGACUUUGCUGUAAGUAAGGACUUUAUGUGAGAAAGGGUCUUUAUGUGGUAACUGUAUGUGUGGAUUUUCCUGAACGUGUGGAAUUCACUGAAUGUGAAGACUUCACUGUAUGUUUGAACUUUAAGUAUGGACUUCACUGUAUCAAAGACUUCAUGUUUGGACUGGACUGUAUGUGAAAGUUUUACUGUACAUUUAUGUGAGAACCUAACUAUAUAUGUUGACUGAGCUGCAUAGGAGGACAUAAUUAUAUCAGUGUCAAAUGUCUAAAUACAAUGUACAUAUGUAAUAAUAUAUGCGGCCGUCAUCAGGUAGUGGCUGAAACAUGUAGACAAUUUUCACAAAAAGUCUUCGCGUUGUUCGAGUUUUCCUUUUUUAUUAAUUAUGUUAUCAAAGUAAGGAACACUAUUGAAUCCCACAUGGAUCCAACAGGAAACACUACUGCAAAGUUCUACAUUAGGAGUGUUGAAUCACUCUUAAUUUAUCAUUUAUCAAUGUACAUAAGUAUUAUACAACCAUACUUACAUUGGGCGACCUUAGUAUGUUAAAUAUGCAUCACUUGUUAACGUUGGGCGUACAUCAUUAUAAGACAAUCCAAUGCUUCUGGAGGAAAAGACUUUUUAAAAAGUAAGAAGAUAAAAGAUUUCUGCUUAUUUUUAGCCACCAUCAUCAAAUGGUGGCAUGAACUAUUUAAACUGCCAUGUCUGUGAUCUUUUGUCCGUCCAUCUGUAAACAAUUUUUGUCGCCAUUGUAAAAUACUGGAUGGAUCUUUUUUCAAAUGUAGCUUCCCUAUGGUCCCUUGUUGUGCUAUUUUGAUUUUGGGAGUGAUCAGCAAAACAAAAUGGCUGACAGAUGGCCAUCUUUGAUCUAGAAGAUUCAUUAAAAGUACAAGCUAGGUCUUCCUCACAUGGGAAAUAGACAGGGGUUACAAGAAUACAAAAUAUUAAAAAGAUACUAGUUUAUGCCGCUAUUAAACAUGUUGCUUUUAUUUAUAUGUCAAUUAUGAUAUUUUCAAUGCGAUCAUGUAGUGCAACUGAUUUGUCUAUGUUAGUUUAAAUUUUUUCACAUAACUCACAGUACUACAGUCAUUUUUUUGUUUUGUAAUGAACUACAUAUACUGCCAUCUAAACAAUGUCAGAAAGGUUAUGUUAAGUCACCCAGAUGAUAUACAGAACCUGAAGGUAUUGAAACCAACAUAUAUUCCGCCUUUUUAUGCAAUAUUUGCUUUAUCGUUACCAGCUUGAAAAAUAAAACAUAAGAGUAUUAUAUAUAUUUUAGUUCUUUAUCACUGAAAUAGGCCGUGCAGAUUUGUAGGUCUAUAGUCUAAUAUCAAUUUGGAAUUGAGAUUUUAAGUUCAGAAUUGUGUGGAAAAAUAAAUCUGAUUAAAACUUCACAUUUAACAUGCUUUAGAACAUUUCCUGUCAGAAUACAUACUUCCUAAACUGGACAGUCUUUUGAAAUCUGCUUUAGCUCAGCUGUUACAUGUAGCCAUGACCUAAUGCAAUUUCCCAGCAUUUACCUCAGAUUUCUAACCCAACUUUUUAAAAGUUUUUUGGGCAAGGUUUUUAAAAGUUUUUUAAUUGUAACUUUUUGCCAUAUUGAGAUUAUAUAAUUACAGUGGAACUUCUCUAAACUGACCAUGCAUGAGAUAUUUAUAUUUGGCCGUUUAGAGAGGGUUCAGUUUCUAGAAGUGAAGCAAGUUGACCAGUUGGGACUCUGUAUAAUUGAACCAAUUCCAUUUUGUACAUUACAUUUACUAUGUCGUUCACUUUCAGCAUCAGCACUGCACAUGCCCAACUGAAUAGAGAAAAAAAGCAUUAUAUACUAUGAGUGACUUUAUAUUUUGGGUAAGUUCCAGUUUCAGGGUUGUUGGGUCAAGGUCAAGUUCUAUUUUUAGGAAUUUAUUGUCUCUGCUUCAUUCCUUGAAGGGCUUCUGAUCAAACUAUUCACACAAGUGAUAAAAUGUCUUCAACAAGUUUGAGUGUCAGGGUUGUUGGGUCAGGUCAAGGUCACCUACAGAUUUUGAUCAAACCUCAUAAAUAGAACAAGUGGACACAACACAUUUAUAAACAUUAAUGAUCAAACUGUUAUUAAAUUAAUCAGAUUGUCAAACUCAUUUAUUGUAUUGUUCAUUUUAAAUAAGUUACAAACUAAUUUAUACUUUUCUUUUUUUUCAAAAUUAAUACCAAACAGCACUUUUUGUUAUAAUGAUUAAAGUAUAAUGCUUUUUAGGGGCAGGUAGAGAAUAUUCAUUGCUUUAACAAUAAUCAGCAUGCUUGUUGCGUCAUGUAGUUAGAUCUAUUUGGUCCAAAAUAAAAUAGGUUGUUUUUGAGAUGUACAGUAAAUUUUCAGCCAGUUCAAACAAAAUUGAUUAAAUGUUAUUGAACCAGUUUGAAGUAUACCAAAUUAUUAAAUAAAGUAGAGCUCGAACCAUCAGGGUUGACAUUGCCCAAAAUCAUGAUUAAGCGUCUGAGCAGUGUGUGGGGUGGGGUAUGUCUCUUAUAAAAUUUCAUCUUUGUAAACAAUUCAUGUGACGUAUUAAUGUUAAUCGACUGUUAAGAAAUCACAACUUUGGAUACUGUGAUGAAGAAACUAGCCCGUAAAAAGCAUGUUUCUGUUUGUGUAUUGGCAUAAGUUAAUAUGACUAUGGAUUAAUGUUAACACAUGCAGAGAUCCCAUGGUCCAUAUAUAUUUACUGAUUGCUUAAGUUAGCUUGUAAUACAGAAUUGGGCCUCGAGUUGUGUCAGCUGGCGUCUGCAUGAUAAUGUGACAAGAUGUGAAAUUAAUCACACUACACAUUGUUGCUAAUUAAGUGACAUGUAUGUGUAUAAUCUGAUGCUAUUAAUUGCUUACGAUGAUCAUUAACAGCCUGCUACCGACAGUGUCGGUGUUUAACAAUGAUGUGAAAAGUGACCACAUGGAGCAAGUAUUGCACACCUUUAUCAAUAGCAAGAUGUGUAAUCUUGUGAUAUUUUCAAACAAUUCAAAAUGUAUGUUAAACAAACUAGGGUUCAAACUAUCACUAGACAGAAAAUUAUUGUUUUUAUUGAAAAAAAUCACUUAUUAGAAAUAUACUGUUCACUGACACGGCCUAGACCAGUAUCCUUGAUUGUCCGAACUUGCUUGUUACACGUGUCGGUAUGCCCAAAGUCUAGGUCAAAUUUGAAGUCCAACUUUAUAAUUUGCUCCAUAAUUUGAACCUCAUCAAAAUUAAUAUGAAUAAUUAAUAUAUUAGUAUAAAUUGUACAAUAAAAUUUGA